UAUUGGCUUGUUAGCGCAUAGGUUAGAAACAUCUGUUACUCAAAUUGUCUAUGAAUCAGAAAAGAGAUAAAUCGGAAUAUUUCUUUGGUAUUUCCAUAGAGAAAAGCAUAUGGAAGGGGAGUUUUUCGCAGCAGUAACAGAAAUAUAUUCUUAUGAUCUGAAAAAUAAACAUAAUGAUAUCGAUAGACGUCUUGUAGAAUCCGGUGAAAGAUUUCGUUUGAUGUGUUACACCAAGAGUGAAAAUGAACUAGAUGAUACGAUUAUAGAGCUUUGGAAAGUUACAUAGGCAAAUAUCAACUGGUUUCGCGGAAGAAGAACUAAAACUCAAACCUAUUUGAAAAAUUGAACAUCUUGACAAGCUUGAGCCAUGCCAGGAAAAAGAAAAUUGUUGACAAAUGAAAAGAAUGAGAGCUGUAAUAGUAGGCCACCAAAGUGCACAAAAGCCAAUGAACAUCUCGAUGCACAAUCUAUAACUCAGAUAAGACCCAAGCUGCAUGGAAUCAAAACAUCUAUGCAUGGUAUAUCGUAUCAAGUUAAACUUAGUAUGUACUUUUGUCUGGUGAAUGCUAAGAAGCCAAUAAUUUCGUCAGAAGUCGACAAAAGCUUCAGCUUCACAAUAACGUCAGAAGAUCCCAAGGCACUUAAAUUCGACGAUAUCGUCUACACCUUCAUAGAUGGCAACCAGACAGGAAUUCUUAAGAUUCAAGCCAAACACCUGUUCGACAGACCUGAUAUUAAAGCGAACGAGUUCUUAAUACACAGAACCGACAAAAGAAAUCGGUUUGCAAUCAUGAAGUAUUGGGAGUCGUUCUGUAAACAGCAACCGCAAACGACCCAUAUAGAAGGACUAAUCAUCUGCACCAACUCUGGUAUAGCAACCAAUGCUAUGGAAUUGUGGUCGCUUGUAGAUUCAUCAGUUAUUGGCGCUACGGCUAUAUCUUUGGACUCGUGUAUUUUAACAUUAUUUAGUAAGUUGGGUGGUAAUUGCUAUCGGCUGAUAUACGACAAACUAAAGGAUACAUACCAAUCCUUAUUUCAAACAAUGAAGAAAAAAGCAACAACAUUAAUCAAUCAACAACGUACCAAGUUGGCCGACCUCCUCGUCAAAGCUAUCAAAUCACAGGAGGAGAAAAUAACUCAGAAUAAUGUAAUUGCCAUAAAGUAUCGCUCAGCCAUCAUAAGUAUAAUUGACAAUGGAAACAAUCGUUCGAGUGGGUCAUACAGAUUUACUGAGGAAUUUGUAAAUCCAUCUUCGCUCAACUACCCACCAGGUUACGAAGCAUUUAGAGAGCAGUUCGCGGUUCAAUACCAAAAAGAAUUCAAAAUUGAUGGAUGUGUAUGGGACGGUUUGAAACGGAAACGAGUGCAUGUUACAGAAAACUUUUGGUCCGACGUAGACAAUCAAUGCUCUCCCUCUGAAUUAUUUCCUGAUGAAGAUGAACUCAUAAAGUCCUUCUGUGAAAAAUUUCGUUUAUGGUGUGGCACUAACAGUGAAAAUGAGCUAGACAACACGAUAGAACAACUUUUGAAUGAUUAUAUGUUUGACAAAGCUAAUUCGGCAGGCUGGGGCGCUGCUGAAAGGAAUGUGGGAUUAGCAACACUAUUCAAAACAAAUUUUGAUUGGUUAGAGAACCCGUUUGCCGAAUCUUUAAACAUUGAAGAUGUAAAAAUCGCUAUAGAAAAUAUUAAAAAUAUGAUACACUGUAUACAGCUAAAGACUACAUCUGACAACCUUCGUCAAGCAAUAGGAGUAUCUCCAUACCGAAUCAGGGACGAUCGUCUCGAAACUUCAUUGCUUUAUAAUAAUCUGCAUAGAACUAACACUCUGGAGUCUCAAACACUGGAAGUUGAAACUUACGAUAUUCAAUUUGCAGCUACGCUACUGUACGACAUUACUAUAAAAGAAAAACUCCCUUUAUUUGUCGAAGGUUCAAAGUUGAACAGCAAUUUGGAUAAGUUCUUUAAUGUUUUUCAUUCCACUGAUGAAUUUAGCUUUUUGAUUAUUAUUUGCUAUAAAACCGACGCCGAUAUGAUAAAAGACCUUCACUCGAAGAAAAUGCUGAUCAAUUGUACCAAAUCGCAGUAG